AUACUAAUAUAAAGGAAACAAGAAAGAUAUUAGUCGUGUUACCAACAAGAAAAUCCUCCAAUAUUUGACAAACAUUGCUACUUCAUUUGCUACCUCACCUAAUUAGCAAGCAAACAAGUUAGAAAACUAAUCACUUAGCCCCCCCACCUCAGUUUACUUUCUAGCCAUAUUAUAUUCUAGAGAUCUCACAAUCUCUUCUUAUAUAAACGUACGCAAAUCUUCCUUCUAUUUUCACUUGUCUUAACACUUACGUGCACAUAUUUUCGAUUGCGAUUAGUCUCGCUGCCUCUUUAGUCACCACAAAGGUUAAAGAAAUGGCAAGGCUAAUGUUACAAGUGAUGAAGUUUGUACUCUUUACAAUCUUCGUGGUUAGCCCAAGUACGGCCUGGGCCAGCAUGGCAUCCCAGGCCGACGAAUGGGCUAAAACGGUUGAAAAAGGCAAGGAGCGUACAACUACUCUUCAAUUUUAUUUUCAUGAUACCCUUAGUGGCAAGUCUCCGAGUGCGGUUAAGGUGGCUCAACCCAUACAGCAAGAGAAUCAGACCCUCACGGGUUUUGGAGUCGUCAUGAUGGCUGACGACCCACUAACGGUAGGACCUGACCCAAAGUCGAAGCUUGUGGGCCGGGCCCAAGGUCUUUAUGGAUCAGCUUGCCAGGAUGAAUUGGGCCUAGUGAUGGCACUGAGUUACACCUUCAAUGAUGGUAAGUACAAUGGGAGUUCCAUUAGUAUAAUGGGCCGGAACUCGGCCAUGGAGCCGGUGAGAGAGAUGCCGGUUGUCGGAGGAACCGGGUUUUUCCGGAUGGCCCGUGGGUAUGCCAUAGCUCAUACAUACUGGGUUGAUUUUAAAACCGGGGAUGCCAUUGUUGGGUAUAAUGUUACACUUGUUCACUAAAUCACGAAUUAAUUGCAUUAAUUAGUUAUAGUCGAUUUUUCUUUGUACCAAAACAAUAGUAUGGUAUAUUUGACAUUAUGCACUAAACUCAUGUUUAAUAAGCUUAAUUAGUUCCUCUCCUUAAUCUUCUUUAUGUUCGUGAUCUUGUUCUUUUGCUCUAGUUGUCCCAUCAUUGGUGUAUUUUUAAACUUGUUUGAAACAAAGUUUAUAUUUAGUGAAAUGUAUGAAAGCAUUACAUAAUCCUGGAUAUUCAAUAUACAUAUUUGCAGUUUUUAAAAA